GCCCCGCCCUCCGCCGCUCCGGAGCCGGUGCGGCGCCCUCACCGCGUGGCUUGGGAGCGAAAGGCGCGGGGAGUGCCGCUCCGGCAUUCCGGACGGCCACAGCGCCUGGUCUCAGAGAAGAGGAGAACUUUGAACUAGGAACAUUUUUGGUCAAUGGGAUAAUCUCCCUCGCUUUGGCUCUCGAUUAUGAAUUAAAGCCCUGCACUGUUUUCCCUCCCCCGAACCUCCGGAGGUGCUGGCGGGAGCCUUCCCGCGCGCCGGAACGCAGAGCAGAGGCUGCCGAGGCUUCCAGGGGCGGGAGGCGGCCGCCGGGCCGGUCCUCCAGGAGCCCGCGCCCCGCUGCGCGGGAGUCCGUGCCCCGGAGGUGGAUGACGCUCGGGGCGCAAGCAGCAUGCAAUCGCUCAACAUCACUCCGGAGCAGUUCUCCCGGCUGCUGCGGGACCACAACCUGACGCGGGAGCAGUUCAUCUCGCUCUACGGGCUGCGGCCGCUCGUCUACACCCCAGAGCUGCCCGGGCGCGCCAAGCUGGCCUUCGUGCUCACCGGCGUGCUCAUCUUCGCCCUGGCACUCUUUGGCAACUCGUUGGUGGUCUACGUGGUGACCCGCAGCAAGACCAUGCGCACUGUCACCAACAUCUUCAUCUGCUCCCUGGCGCUCAGCGACCUGCUCAUCGCCUUCUUCUGCAUCCCGGUCACUAUGCUCCAGAACAUCUCCGACAACUGGCUGGGGGGUGCCUUCAUUUGCAAGAUGGUGCCAUUUGUCCAGUCCACCGCUGUCGUGACAGAAAUCCUCACGAUGACCUGCAUUGCUGUGGAGAGACACCAGGGGCUGGUGCAUCCUUUUAAAAUGAAAUGGCAGUACACCAACCAAAGGGCUUUCACGAUGCUGGGGCUGGUCUGGCUGGUGGCCAUCAUCGUGGGAGCUCCCAUGUGGCAUGUGCAACGACUUGAGAUUAAGUAUGACUUCUUAUAUGAGAAAGAACAUGUGUGCUGCUUGGAAGAGUGGAGCAGCCCUGUGCACCAGAAAAUCUACACCACCUUCAUCCUUGUCAUCCUUUUCCUCCUGCCUCUCAUGGUGAUGCUUAUCCUGUACAGUAAGAUUGGCUAUGAACUUUGGAUAAAGAAAAGAGUUGGGGAUGGCUCUGUGCUUCGAACUAUUCAUGGAAAAGAAAUGUCAAAAAUAGCCAGGAAGAAGCAGCGAGCCGUGGCUAUGAUGGUGACAGUGGUGGCCCUCUUUGCUGUGUGCUGGGCACCUUUCCACAUUGUUCACAUGAUGAUCGAAUACAGCAACUUUGAGAAGGAAUAUGACGAUGUUACAAUCAAGAUGAUUUUUGCUAUAGUGCAAAUAAUUGGAUUCUCCAAUUCCAUCUGUAAUCCAAUUGUUUAUGCAUUUAUGAAUGAAAACUUCAAAAAGAAUUUUUUAUCUGCAGUUUGUUAUUGCAUUGUAAAAGAAACCUUAUCCCCAGCACGAAGGCAUGGAAAUUCAGCAGGGAUUACGAUGAUGCAGAAGAAAGCAGUGUUUUCCCGGAAAGGGAACCCAGUUGAGGAGACCAAAGGAGAAGCCUUCAGUGAUGGCAACAUUGAAGUCAAGUUGUGUGAACAACCUGAAGAGAAGAAGCAUCUCAAACGACACCUUACCCUCUUUAAAUCUGAACUUUCUGAGAAUUCUGGUUUAGGCAGUGGGCAUUAAUUAUAACUGUCUUCAUACUUCAUGCUAUUCAUAGCUGAAUCUGAAAAUUAUUUUGAACAAGAGUUAAAGACUUGCUUUUUAUCUAGAAGCCUUCUCCAUGUGCAUUCAGUGUAAUGUGGCUUUCUAUUUAUUGCUAAGUUGGAUGAGACCGUUUAACACUUGUAUAUUUUUUCUUAGGUUUAACAGUUGAACACUAUAAUGUAAUUUUUAUUGCACCAUUGAAGGUUGGUGAUAGUCUCUUGCAAAUGAAGUGUGUCCAAUAAUCAUAAAGCCAAAGACAGUGAAGACACAGCGGAGUGACAGCUUAGGUUUUGAGCCAGAUGCCUGGGUUUCAGCUUCUUACCCAUCACCAUGGUUGUAAUGACUGACCAGCCACUCAACCUCUUGAAGUCUCCUUUCCUUCUUGCAUAAACUGGGGUGGUUCCUCCAACUCCAGAAAGUUGCUGCUGCUGCUGCUGCUGCUGCGUCACUUCAGUCGUGUCCGGCUCUGUGCGACCCCAUAGACGGCAGCCCACCAGGCUCCGCCAUCCCUGGGAUUCUCCAGGCAAGA